CAUUAAAGGUCAGAUAUGUCUUUUAGGCAAGAAACCCAAAAAUAUGAAACCCUUAAUUUACCUUUUUGUUUACUAUUACAGAGCUGAUUUCGUCUUGCCCAACCCAAAAAUAUGAAACCCUUAAUUUACCUUUGUGUUUACUAUUACAGGGUCGAUUUCGAUCUUUCGAAAGAAAGCGAAAUCGGCUACGCGUCAGCAGCAUCAGUAUCGUCAGAGUCACUGUGCUUAUCGAAAGUGCGUUCAAAAAGGGUUUUAUGAAUCUAUAUUUUGCCUCUUCUCUCUGUUUUUUAAAACGCUCUCUUUUCAUAAAAAUGGCGUUUGGAAAGCCUCUAUCAACAUUUUCGAUCUCCAUGGUCAUUUUGGUGUUGGUUUUUACAUCAUUUGUCCAUUCUUCUCGUACCCGUUUUCAGGGUGGUGUAGCAGACGAUUAUACAGCUACUGCUGCACAGGAUCUUGAAAGCCAUCUAGUUAAGAGUUUGGGAAAGAGAGCUUCAACUAUUGUUGCAGAGGACUCGGCGAGGGAAGUGCCAACCGGACCAAACCCUCUUCACCACAAUAACAACCCAGCAAGAACAAGAGCUCUGUAAAACCUCUUUUGAUGGAUCUUCGCACCUAUUAAUAUAGUAGCUAUCGACACUCAUUGUGUGUAUAUAGUUAGCUAGUUCAUGGCAUUUAGGAUAGCUUUCUUUUCGAUGUUUUUUUAUGGAUAUAUACCAGAAAGGGCUAGCUGGGCAUUGAUUGAUUUCAUUUUUUUUGUUAAAAUCAGUUUACCAUGUAUUUGGAUAAUUGUGAGUUCUUGCUGAGCCUACAGCAGAAAGGAAGAAAAUUUUUUUCAUCAAAUUUCCCCUUCUGUCAUUAUUAAUUGUUGCAUUAGUCCAAGUUAUAACCAAAGUGCGCCCAUAAGGAGUGUCCGAGCUGUGCAUAAAAGAACAAAGGCCUCCAUUACUGUUGAAGGGAUUUUUCAAUAGUCAUUGUCCAAACUGUCAAUACGUAACGAUUAGUUGUUUCCUAAAUAUCUCUUUCAUAUAAUUAGUUUCUAACAUCGCCGUGUUAUAAGGUAGGGCUGACUGAUAACCCACAAAAUGCCUUCUUUUUGUGUUGGUUGUAUUACAGUUAGUCCUUAUCUUGUACCUGCUUUGCCCAUUCCUUCAAUUCAUGUCUCGUUCCUUUCAUCAAAUUUUCUUUUUUCUUUGAACAUAAAUUCGAUGAUUAAAAGUAUUAAAUUUUAUAAUUAAAAGGAUUAAGAAAAAUUAAUAAAUUUUAAUUUAAUAAUAUUAUUAUCUAUUUAGAGUAAUAAAAUAUUAAUAAAUUUUAAUUUAAUAAUACUACGAGAAUAAUAU